UCACGGGAGGGGCGGGGCCUGUCAAGUUUGUUCCCCGAGUUCGGAGCCCAGGAUCCCCCGCGGCCGUGGCGCAGGUUCCCUCCGCCGGGGUUGGGAUGGAGCUGCCGGCCGUGAACCUGAAGGUGAUUCUCCUCGUUCACUGGCUGCUGACCACCUGGGGCUGCAUCGUGUUCUCUGGCCCUUAUGCCUGGGCCAACUUCACCAUCCUGGCCCUGGGCGUGUGGGCCGUGGCUCAGCGGGAUUCCAUCGACGCAAUUAGCAUGUUUCUGGGGGGGUUGCUGGCUACCAUCUUCCUGGACAUCGUCCACAUCAGCAUCUUCUACCCGCGGGCCGGCCUGUCGGACACCGGCCGCUUCGGCGCCGGCAUGGCCAUCCUCAGCCUGCUGCUCAAGCCCUUCUCCUGCUGCCUGCUCUACCACAUGCACCGCGAGCGCGGGGGCGUGCUCCCCUUCCACACCGAUGACCUUGGGCCUUCUCUGGAGCGCAGUGCCUACCAGACAAUCGACUCCACAGAAGUUCCAGCAGACCCCUUUGCAGGCCCAGAUGGCAGGGGCCAGGCCACCCCCCGAGGGUACUGAAGCCUCCCUGGGGCCCGCCUGACUCCGGCUGCAUCACCUUUGGAUGCUCCUGACCUCCUAUUCUUGCACCUGCGGUGGACUGUCCUCCAUUCCCUCUCCAACCGCCUGAAUCAUGUGUUACGAGGGUCAGAGCCUCCCACCCUCUUCCCUUCACGGUACCCUACUGUCACCAGGCUGGAACUAUAGCCUCUUUCUUCAUCUCCCACCCCACAGCUGCGCUGUGUGGACCCUGACCAAGUUGUGCCUGAGUGAGUUGGAACAGUGGGGACCCCAUCCCCACACCACCCCACCGCAAACCCCCCAGGCUGUGGACCCCCUCUGCAGGAGCUCACUAAGCCUCAAGAUCCACAGGGACCUUGUCCCAGUGCCUCUCACUGCCUGGUCGCGGGGUGCCUGGGAAUCUAGGCCCAGAGGGAGGAAGUGUCUGCAGUUCCCAAGACCCACCACAGCCCACAGCUGCCCCUCUCGGAGCCCUGGCAUUAAACUCAGGUGAUUCUGUGGCUGA